UGACGUCUGUUUUACGUCAAUCAUUCUAGUUCGAUGUGUUUUUAUUUAAUUAUUUUUGGAAAGCGAGAGAUACCUACAUCGACAGAGUGGGGGAAGCGCACCAGGAUUUUAGUCAUGGCACCUUUUGGAUUAAAGGCAGUUGUUGGAGAAAAGAUAAUGAACGGUGUCAUCAAGAAAGCACGAGAAAAAGGAAAAUGGAAAGUCCUAGUGGUCGACAAACUGAGUAUGAGAAUGAUUUCUUCCUGUUGUAAGAUGACAGACAUCAUGUCAGAGGGAAUCACCAUUGUUGAGGACAUCACCAAGCGAAGGGAGCCUCUCCCCAGCAUGGAAGCCAUCUAUCUGAUAACACCCUCAGAUGAGUCUGUUGAGGGUCUGAUUGAUGACUUCAGAGACCCACGUUCUCCAAGGUACAGAGCGGCCCAUGUAUUCUUCACUGACACAAUUCCAGAUUCCAUGUUUGGUCUGUUGACCAACUCUCGCGCCUCCAAAGCCAUGAAGGCCUUGACUGAGAUUCAUGUCGCCUUUCUGCCCUAUGAAUCUCAAGUCUUUUCCCUGGACAAAGUAGAUGCCUUUCAGGACUUCUACAGCCCCUUCAAAGCUGAUGUGAAGAACAAUAUGCUUGAAGCUUGCGCUGAACAGAUUGCCACCCUAUGUGCUACACUCAAAGAGUACCCUGGAAUCCGAUACCGAGGAGAGUACAAAGACUGCGCUGUCCUGGCCCAAAUGCUGCAAGACAAGCUAGAUGGCUACAAGGCUGAUGACCCCACCAUGGGGGAGGGACCAGAUAAGUGCCGGAGUCAACUAAUCAUCCUGGACCGAGGAUUCGAUCCUGUGUCACCUCUUCUACAUGAGCUUACUCUCCAGGCAAUGGCCUACGACCUGCUCGGCAUUGAGAAUGAUGUCUACAAGUUUGAGACCAGUGGAAUGGGGGAAACUAGAAUAAAAGAUGUAUUACUGGAUGAGGAUGAUGACCUGUGGUUGACUCUGAGGCACAAACAUAUCGCUGAAGUUUCAACGGCUGUGACUCGUUCUCUCAAAGAAUUUUCAGCCAGCAAAAAAAUGAACACAGGAGAAAAGACCACAAUGAAGGAACUGUCUCAGAUGCUGAAGAAAAUGCCUCAGUAUCAAAAGGAACUCAGCAAAUAUUCAACUCAUCUUCACCUGGCUGAGGAUUGUAUGAACCGCUACCAAGGCACUGUUGACAAACUCUGCCGUGUGGAACAGGACCUUGCGAUGGGCACCGAUGCUGAGGGCGAGAAGAUAAAAGAUCCCAUGAGGCUCAUUGUACCGAUUUUACUGGAUACCAACGUCAGUGUUGCUGACAAGAUCCGCAUCAUCCUGCUUUAUAUCUUUCUAAAGAAUGGUGUGACCGAAGAAAACUUGUGUAAGUUGCUCCAGCACGCCAGCAUCCCACCAGAGGACAGUGACAUCAUUUCCAACAUGGCACACAUGGGGGUUCCUAUUGUCUCCGAGGCAACUGCCAAGAAAACAAAAAAGCCAGACCGUAAAGAGCGAAUCAGUGAGCACACCUACCAACUCUCAAGAUGGACGCCACUUGUCAAAGACCUCAUUGAGGAUGCCAUUGAGGAUAAACUCGACAUGAAGCAAUACCCAUACAUUUCCCAAAGACAAGUAUCAGCCAAAGCCAGUGCUCCGACAAGCAGCGCCCGCUAUGGUAACUGGCACAAAAAUCGGGGACCAACAGAGGUGAAGACUGGGCCAAGGGUAAUUGUCUUCAUUAUUGGAGGCAUGACCUACAGUGAAAUGCGUUGUGUGUAUGAGGUCACACAAGCCAAUGGCAAAUGGGAGGCCCUCAUCGGUUCCACCCACAUCCUUACACCUCCCAAAUAUCUGAAGGAACUACAGCACCCAGAUUUCCUGGACCCCAAUGCAGCACCUGAGACUGGCGAGCAGGAGUCGGCACAGUGAUGUGCUGAGAUGAACACCGAUCUCCUGUAACACCCCAAACAAACGCUUUAUUGACCUAGAACAUCCGUUCACAUGAGUAACAAACAGUAUUUGUACUCUUAUUUCAUAUAAAGCACUUGCUCACUUUUUUUCUGUCAAUGAGUAUGGUAACUUGUGUUUGGUCAAUGUUAUUGCGCCAGGUUGUAUUUAUUUGUAAAAUUGUCUUUAUUCUGUGUUCAUUUCUCGAUGUAAAAUGGUUAAGGUUUAGGAAUUAAGAGGUUGAAAUGGUAUGGAAUUCCAUCUGUUCAUCCACUAUCUGAUGUUUUGAGCAAUCAUUUGAUGUUGAGCAUAGUUUUAAAACAAAAAUGGGAACAUACAUUGCCUUGCAAAAGUAUUCGGCCCCCUUGAACCUUGCAACCUUUCGCCACAUUUCAGGCUUCAAACAU